UAAUAUAUGUGUCAAAAAGUUUGGUAACUCUAAUUAGUUAAACUAAAAAGUUAAGUGUGUGUACAUUAAAAUAGUUCAUAUCAGAGAAUAUCUUCUUUGGUUCAUAUCAUAUAUAUAUUAUGGCAGAUGAUUUAAAAAAUUAUAAAUUGCAAUUGCAACAGGUGGAAGCAGCUUUAGUUACAGAUCCACAUAAUGAAGAAUUACUUAAACUCAAAAAUGAUUUGGAGGUAGUUAUUGAGUUAACCAGAGAUCUAAUUCAAACGCAACUUGAUGAACAAAGCAAAUCAUCUUAUGUAGAGCCAUCUUUGAAAACAUCCACCUCCAAUUACUAUGAUGAAAUUGAAGCAGCAUUAUUGGAGGCUGAAAAAUUAGUUUUGCCGUCAAAAGUAUGGAAAAUUGGAGAUAAAUGUCAAGCAAAAUGGACAGAAGAUGGACAAUUUUAUGAUGCUACUAUUGAUGGUAUUACUGCUGAAGGAGAAGUAAGUGUUGUGUUUGAUGCAUAUCAAAAUAGAUCCACUUCUAAUCUAAAGGACUUGCGCGAACGUACAAAUCGUAAUGAGGUGUUUCCAUCAACUAAACGCCAUAGGCCAAAUCAAAAAGAGUACCUAAAAAAACGUAAACAAAAGAAGUUGCUUCGUUUCAAGGAACUUGAGGAAGAAAGAGAAUCUGAUAAAAAUAAGUGGCUUAACUUUACAACAAAGAAUUAUAAAAAACCUGGAAUGAAAACAAAAAGUAUCUUUGCUUCGCCAGAAAAUGUGUCUGGUCGCGUUGGUAUUGGUACUUGUGGUGUAUCUGGAAAAGGUAUGACGGAAUUUACUGUUGGUGAAAAAUAUCGCAAGGGCAUAUAACUAUCUCCAAAGCAUCGUAUAUUUUUAAUUCUUUAGUCUGUAAAACGAAUUAGAAUGCUUAAAAGUGUAUAUAAUAAUUUUCAAUACAACAAUUUAAGAAAUAUUGAUAAUUUAGUAAGU